AUGGCGCAUUUCAGCACCAGGGGGGGACGGUCCAAGCCUAUGGGAAUGUUGAAGUUGCUGAACGACUCUGGGAAGUCGUCGGGCGUCAAGGUGUCCGAAUUUACAGGGCGAUCUACGGCGGAGGAGGUGGUCAAAGACUGGGAUGGCAAAGGCAUCGUGGUUAUCGUGACAGGGCCUUAUGUUGGGCUCGGCAAGGAGACGACGCGCGUGCUGGCGCUGCGAGGCGCGGAGGUGGUGAUGGCCGGGCGCAGCAAGGCCAAGGCGGACGUGGCGAUGGCGGAGAUUAGGGGAGGAAACCCUGGCGCCAAGCUGCGGUUCAUGGAGCUGGACCUCUCCAGCCUGGCGUCCGUGAAGAAGUUCGCGGAUGACUUUCGGGCCACGGGCCUGGCGCCCAACGUGCUGGUGAACAACGCGGGGAUGGCCGGCGCUCCGUUCGCUUUGUCCGCCGAUGGCCACGAGAUGCACUUCGCCACCAACCACCUGGGACACUUCCUGCUGACGCGCCUGCUGCUGCCCGACCUGGAGGCCGCCGCCAAGGCGUCCGGGGUGCAGUCCCGUGUGGUCACCGUCUCCUCGGCAUCGCACCACACGCCAUACCCCGGCGGUUUUCGGCUCGAAUCGGGCGGUGCCAGCAAGAAGGGAUAUGACGCCAUGAAGGCGUACGGGUCGUCCAAGCUGGCCAACAUCCUGUUCACCAGGGAGCUCGAGUGCAGGUUGAAGGACAGAAAGUCAGCUGUGACAGCCGUGUGCUGUCACCCGGGAGUUGUCCAGACAGAUGCGUUCAGGCACGUCAACCGCCGUGUAGUUAAGGUGUUCUUCUGGGUGCUGCGCAAAACAAUGGCAGGCUACAGAACGAUCUCCCAGGGUGCGGGAUCGCAAGUGUACUUGGCCACAGCAAAGGAAGUGGAGGGUGGGGAGUAUUACGUGGACUGUGCCAUAAUGCCAACAUCUGAGCUGGCAUUGGAUAGGGCGCUGGCUGUGAAGCUGUGGGAGGCCAGCGAGGAAAUGUGCAAAGGGUAUCUGAAUAAACGGGGAAGCGAAGGCGAAUAG